UCCACUCAAUCCAAUUAAGGCGGACUUCAGGCACUCUCUUACGUGUUCACCCAACAAGAUCGACGCUGAGACAACACUACCAGAGCUUUUGCAAGACCUUUUUUUUUUUUUUUUUUUGCCUCGCCUUCUACAUUUUCCCUCUCCAGGCACAAAACAAUGUCGAUGAGCCCCAAGCAUACGACUCCUUUCUCAGUUUCUGAUAUCUUGAGUCCCCUAGAGGAGAGUUACAAGAAAGUGAGCAUGGAGGGCAACAACUUGGGGGCUCCCCUGUCAGUUUACCGGCAGUCUCACGUCUCUCAGGCAUCCAUGCAGCAACAGCACCAUAUGGGGCAUAACGGGACGGUGCCCGCCACCUACCACAUGGCAGCGGCGGGUGUACCUCAGCUUUCUCAUUCAUCCAUGGGGGGUUACUGUAACGGUAACCUGGGUACUUUGGGCAACAUGAGCGAGCUUCCGCCAUACCAGGAAACAAUGAGAAACAGUGCAUCAGCCACAGGAUGGUAUGGAGCCAAUCCCGAUCCGCGCUUUUCUUCAAUUUCCCGCUUCAUGGGCCCAUCCUCUGGAAUGAACAUGAGCGGUAUGGGAAGCCUGGGCUCUUUGGCAGACGUUGGCAAAGGCAUGGGACCUCUGCAGAGCACUCCAAGGAGAAAGCGCAGGGUGCUUUUCUCGCAAGCCCAAGUUUACGAGCUAGAAAGACGAUUCAAGCAACAGAAAUACCUCUCGGCACCGGAAAGAGAACAUUUGGCCAGCAUGAUCCACCUCACUCCAACUCAGGUCAAAAUUUGGUUCCAGAACCAUCGGUACAAGAUGAAACGCCAAGCCAAAGACAAGGUGACCCAACAGCAAAUGCAACAGGACGCCAGCUCUUGCCAACAACAGCAGCAGUCUCCAAGAAGAGUGGCCGUACCAGUUUUAGUGAAGGAUGGCAAGCCAUGCCAAGGAGGCACACAUACGCCAACAACGGGCGCCCAGAACCACCACCACCAGCAAACAACUAGCGCCACGAAUAAUUCAGGAAUUGGGCAACAUCAGCAGACAGGGAGCGCAUGCCAUUCACCAGAUUUAGGCCACUCCUCUAGCCCUCUCUCCCUUCACAGCCAGGUCUCCAGUUUGUCUCACCUAAACUCUUCUGGUUCUGAUUAUGGCACCGCCAUGCAGUGCUCUGCCUUAUUAUAUGGUAGGACCUGGUGACAAUGUAAUAUAACUAAGACGUGUAUAUGAUAACGGACAGAGUCAUCUCUGCAUUUCCUAAGUAUAUGGUUUACUUUGGGAUGGGUUUGCAGGCUACUCUUCGUCUACAAAAAGUGAUGAAUGUUCAAUCUGUAAGUGGAGUUUGGAAGGAUUUAUUUUACAGUGAAUGUGAAUAAUAUCCCUGAUUCGAAAUAAACUCUUAUACAAGAGACAUGUAUCUGUAAAAGUUGACACGUAAAUAUCCGAUACCGAGGAAACUGGAAGAAGAAGUCGUAACAGUGUUAAUGCAAAGGAAGAUUUGUGGGCAUACAAAGACAUUUGUAGGGUAAAUUAACUUGGCUUAACUUUUUAAUAGAUUUUAAUGUAAAACGUAGCUGUAUAUUCCUGUAAAAGGUUUGCAUUGGAUACAUAGUUUUUAGCAAGCUGUAUAUUAUGUUUUUUUUUUUUUUUUUUUUUAAUGGACAUUUGAAGGCUGUCUGUACCACAAUUAAGUUUAUUUGUUAUUUGACCGCGUAUUUUUUCCUCCUCUUGUAACUUAUAUAGAGAUUUGGCUUGAAUAUAGUCAUACCAAGCUUCUAAUAAAUUAUGAAAAUAAUAUUCAGAUUCAUGUAUUG